AUGCAAGAAUUUCACGUCCAGAAAGAGUUGUUAUCCUCAGGUCUUCGAGACUGUGAGGCCAACCUGACUAGGGUCAAAGAUCUCCUGCCAACCAUCCAAGGGAAUCAGAAGGAAUGUAAUGCUGAUAGGAAGCCAUGUUCUCCUGGCUGGGAGUUCUACAAUGGAUCAUGUUACUACUUCUCUAAAGACAAACUGACCUGGGAACAGAGUCAGUACGCCUGCAUCCGCGAUGGAGGACACCUGGUCGUCAUAGAGAGUAGUCAGGAGCAGGAGUUUAUAAAACAGAGAGUGGAAACACUGGGAAUUGAUCAUUAUGAACACAGCCCCUGGAUAGGACUGACAGAUGAGAAGCAAGAGGAAGUCUGUGUCUGGAUGGACAAUACAACUCUUAAUGAGAACAUCAAGUACUGAGACUCCAACGAACCAAAUAACCGUGGGCCUAAAGGUGAAAUAGAAAACUGUGUCCCAAUUGGUCAACACUGUUACAGAGAUAACAAUUGUUGGUUUGACUUUCCAUGUGCCAAACCAUCUAACAGAAUCUGUGAGAGUCGUUCAGUCUGUGAAAGUCAGGCAGCCUCUCCAUAGUAUUGCAAAAUGUAGUGUAUUGAAUGAGUAACCAGCACAAUACACCUCAUUGUUGGGUAGUAUGUAGGACCAGUUGCCUAGACACAGAUUAAACCUAGUCCUGGACUAUGAAGCAUAUUCAAUGGCGAUUCCCCAUUUAGUGUUUUUAGUCCAGGACUAGGUUUAAUCUGUGUCCAGGAAACCGAGCCAUAAUGUAUCAUUUGGGUUAAUGCAGAGUACUAGCUUCAGAGCUUUUUGUUUGUCUGAAUUUGUGGGUUUUACACACCAGCCAAGCUUCUGGGAGAGCAUGAUUGUUACCUUUUGAUUAGUUCCUCCACAUAGCCAGCUGGAUGUGACAGAUCCUGCUAAAUUGAAAUGAACUUUUCUAUUCAUAUUUGUAAAUAUGCUUUCUCAUGUAACAUUUUAAAUUUUUGUCAUUUAAAAGACGCUCUUAUCCAGAGUGAC